UCUGUCAUAAAAGGACAUUUCUUGUCCACAGUCCUCUUUAGGUGAUCCCGCAGAUUCUCCAUCUUGUUUUCUUCUUAAACUCUGACUAAGCCUGUCCAUGCUGCCACAAAAUAUCCGGACCAACAGGGGAAACUAAUUCAGCGCUCUCCCAAAUUACAGCAGAGGAAUGAAGCUUGGACUCUUUGCCGUGCAUUGCGUUGGUAUUUUCCUCAGCUAAGAGGAUCGGAAAGUUUCCUCCUGUGGGCUUGCAUCAUGGAGGCUAGCAGUCAAUCCAGCAGUCAGCAACUUCUGUGGAAGGAUGUGGAGGCAGAAAAACAGAGGAAGACCAGAUUUCACAACUACCAGUGGGUGGCUCUGGUGCUGGCCGUGGUGUUUCUGGUUCUGGCCAUCUGCAUCUUCAGUCUGAUGUAUCUGUGGGGCCCCAGCUUGGGAAAGGUGUAUGACCACGAGUACAAAGCCGUGGUGGAUGGCGUAGAGACGAACAGUGUGAUGGAGAUUGACCCAGCUGACCUCACUGAGAUCUUCAGAAUGGGGAACGGCAGUAAGGAGGUUGUGGAGGUGCACGACUUUAAGAAUGGGAUCAGUGGGAUACGGUUUGCCGAACAUCAGAGGUGCUACAUCAGGACCCAAACGAAGAAACUACCCACAGUGGCCGAGGCGGAGGCUGGCGACGGGGAAAGGACGGUCGACGAGGCCGUGGAUGUGCAGGUGGAGGACUCACGAGUGUGGGUUCCUGCCGAGGAGCCCGUCGUUAACCCGGACUUCCUGCUCGACUCCAAGAUCUGGGAGAUUUGCCAGCAGAUGCCCAUCCACUGGAUCCAUCCCUCCCCCAUGACUGACGGCGAGGCUCAGGACGUGGACACGCCCGACGCAGAGGUCACAGGUCAGCGUUUCGCCCGGGACGUCCUGGACCACGCUCCAGUGAACGAUUACAGGGAGGUCGGUAUUGAGCUGGAUAACCGUCUGGACGAGCGCGGCUACUGCUGCCAGUACUGCCGCCGCGGCUACCGCUACUGCCGCCGCUACUUCGAGCCCCUGGGCGGCUUCAACCCCUGGCCGUACUACUACCAAGGAGGCCGGGUCAUCUGCCAGGUCGUGAUGCCGUGUGACUGGUGGGUCGCUCGCAUGCUGGGGAGGAUCUGAAGCUGAAUGUUACCGUCUCUGGAUCUGAACGUGCGCUCUGAGAAAUAUUCCAGACCUCAUUUGUGGAAAAAGAGCAUUUCGUAUUCAUUGAUUAUAUUCUCAAAGGCAUCAUUACCUGCCUCACGUUGUAUACUAGCGAAUGAAAUCAAUGUAGGUCCUUCUUUCUUUCUUUUUUUUAAACUUUUGUUUUAUGUUCUACUAAAUCUGUUUGCACGUGUACAGUGCUUUGAAGGGGCAGUAUGAUGUGUUUUCCAGGCAUAAAACAGCAUAAUGCAGUAAAAAUGUUACUGUCAGUCAUUAUAAAAAUGUUUUAUAAAUC